CACUGACAUUGGCCAUGGAGUAUGAAAACCACUGCCUUUAAAAGUUGCUCAGUCGUUGAGUCUCAAAAGUGAAGCACCGCAAUCGGCAAUAGUGAGUAAAUGAGCAAUAGUAUGCAAAAAUAAAUGAAAGUAGCCUACACCGUGGCUACUGGUAGCUAAGGACGAUGUUCCUGUGGCAGCCCAAGUUGUUGCUUCGCUCUCGGUUUCAGCUACCGACCCGGCGUUGCAACCACAGCCAGGCUUCAUUCCAGCAGGUCAGCCGGCUGCCGGAGAGGAAACGGCGACGUGUCGUGUUCCCCUUCAGCGCGCUAGAGGGUCAUCUAGACCGUAGCGUGGACCGGGGGGACUUUCAGCUGUUCCACCCUAGCGAAGAGGACCUCCGGCGGGCUGAGCUACUCUUCACGCCCUCCGCUAAGCAUGCCAUCAUCUACACUUCCUCCGCUGUCCGAAUGGACCAUGUACCUGAAAUACAGCAGCCAGAGGUGUGUUUUAUCGGGCGGAGUAACGUUGGGAAGUCGUCGCUCAUCGGAGCUCUCUUCUCAUUGGCUCCAGAGGUGGAGGUCCGAGUGUCCAAAACGCCGGGUCACACUAAGAAGAUGAACUUCUUCCGCGUGGGCAAGGCCUUUUCUCUGGUGGACAUGCCUGGCUACGGCCAUAAGGCUCCCAGAGACUUCGUGGACAUGGUGGAGCCCUACCUGCAGACCAGGGACAAUCUGGUGCGGACGUUCCUAUUGGUGGAUGGCUCUGUGGGGCCUCAGAGAGCUGACCUGAUUGCCGUGGAGAUGUGCGAGGAGUUUGGCCUGCCCUAUGUGAUGGUGAUGACUAAAAUAGACAAGGUCCGGCCUGGCCUUCUCCUCCCACACCUGCUUCAGGUGCAGAACCUCAUCAGGACACAGACCAAAUACUGCUUUGCCCAGCCCUUUUUAGUCAGCUCCACACAGUACUCAGGAGUACACCUGCUCAGGUGUUUCAUCACUCACGUGACGGGGAACCUUCAGAUGGACUCGACCGCCAGCUGAGGACACACACACACACACACACACACACACACACACACACACACACACACACUCCUGUUGGGACAGAGGAGAAGAGUUGGGAGUUGAGUCCAGUGGUAGCAGCAACACAUCCUCCAGGAUCCCCACUGAGCACCACUGAUGUAUGCGUCCCAGUCCUGAUGUCCUGUGUGCUGGGCGGAGGAUCCUGGGCCCUGGACUGAGCCCUGAUGACCCACCCCC